UACAUGAAGCUCAAGAUCUGAACCUGCUAUGACUGACCCAGACGUCCUCACUGAGGUCCCAGCAGCUCUCAAACGCCUUGCCAAAUACGUGGUGCGUGGCUUUUAUGGCAUUGAACAUGCCUUGGCUCUGGACAUUCUCAUCAGGAACCCCUGCGUGAAGGAAGAGGACAUGUUAGAGCUCCUUAAGUUUGAUAGGAAGCAGUUGCGGGCUGUCCUCAACACCCUCAAGGGUGAUAAGUUCAUCAAAUGCAGGAUGAGGGUAGAGACGGCUCCAGAUGGCAAAACCACCCGUCAUAACUACUACUUCAUCAACUACCGCCUUCUGGUUAAUGUGGUGAAGUACAAGCUGGACCACAUGAGGAGGAGGAUUGAGACAGAUGAAAGAGACUCCACCAAUCGCGCCUCUUUUAAAUGCCCCAUUUGCUUCAGCACUUUCACAGACUUGGAGGCCAACCAGCUGUUUGACCCCAGGACAGGAACUUUCCGCUGUACUUUCUGCGAGACUGAAGUGGAAGAAGAUGAGUCGGCGAUGCCCAAGAAGGAUGCAAGGACACUCGUGGCAAGAUUUAAUGAGCAGAUUGAGCCCAUUUACGCACUGCUUCGUGAGACGGAAGAUGUUAACUUAGCCUAUGAAAUCCUCGAGCCAGAACCCACAGAGAUUCCUGCCCUGAAGCAGAGCAAGGAGCGUGCAGCUGGUACUGGUUCAGGGACAGCAGCUGGCCUGGCAGGUGGACACCAUCGGGAAGCAUGGACUACAAAAGGACCAUCAUAUGAGGACUUGUAUACCCAGAACGUUGUCAUCAGCAUGGAGGACCAGGAGGAUCUUAACCGGUCUGCAAGUGAAGGAAAGCCAGCCAGAGAGAGACCAAUUUGGCUACGGGAGAGCACGGUGCAGGGGGCUUAUGACCCUGAUGAAAUCAAAGAUGGGGGCCGGGAUCUGGAUGCCUUCCAGGAGCGUGAGGAGGGCCGGGCACCUCUGGAUGAUAACGAGGAGGUGAUGCGUGCCCUGCUUAUCCACGAGAAGAAGACACCUUCUGCUUCAACAGUCACUGUCGGGGGUGCCGCUCCUCUCUCCGGUGCCAAUGCUAGCGACUCCGAGAGCGAGACAAGCGAGUCAGAGGAGGAAUCCCCUCCCCGCCCUCCCGCCACGGCCACCACAACAUAUGGGCUGGAGGAGGAGGAGGAGGAUGAAGAGUUUGAGGUGGUGGCAGAGGACCCCACCGUCACAGUGGCUGGGCGUCCGCACUCUUACAGCCAAGUGAGCCAGCGCCCUGAGCUGGUGGCCCAGAUGACACCUGAAGAAAAAGAGGUUUACAUAGCCAUGGGGCGACGCAUGUUUGAGGAUAUGUUUGAUUAA